UGCGCGUCGAUCUCUCCAAAGGAAACGCAGGGGGACUUGCGCGCUUUCUCGGGAGUAAGUCGCGCUCUUCCAGAGGAUCUCAAGUCUUCAAGAAAGGGCGUGGCUGGGGUGUGUCCGGACAGGGACUUGACGAUGAGUUUGAAUUUGGCUGAUGCAGUUGGUUUGGGCCCGCCAGCGCUGCGAAAACGGGCGCUUCACCUCCGCCGGAGAUUGCUGCGACCUCUGCCCCCCAGGUUUCGGGGUGGCCGCUCCUUGCGGGAGCGCCAACACCAAGUGCGAGCCAUGUCAAGAAAGCGUGACGUUCUCCCCCGUCGCCAGCGCCACGGAGCCGUGCCGGCCUUGCGCGGUGUGUCCGGGCCAUGCGCUGCCGCUGGGUGCCUGCACCCCUGCCCACGACACGGUCUGCGCCGCCAGCUGCCCCCGGGGGCAUUACCUCCCUGCUGGAAACGGGAGCCAGGGCAACGGGCAGUGCCUCCCUUGCCAAGUUUGCCCCGAAGGCUACGGAGCUGUGAAGCCCUGCGGCUCCAGCGGCGACGCCGUUUGCCAGAGGUGCCCGGACGGCUAUUACUCGGAGUCCAAGAGCUCCCUGGAAGCCUGCCAGCCCUGCCGGCAAGCGUGCGGCAAAAACGAGGUCAUGAUCCAGGCCUGCACCCCUCUCUCGGACACGCUCUGCAUGGAUAAAGAGCUUCAGAUCCUGAAACGCACCAGGGGCGAGGCCCGGAAGGAGUUCCCCAAAAGGACGCCGCUCCUGGAUUCGGAAGGCAGCCUCGCCCCCAACGCCUCCUCUUCGGAGUUCGUGCCACCGUUGGUCGAGGACAACAGCAAGAACAUAAUCCCCGUCUACUGCUCCAUCCUGGCGGCCGUGGUGGUGGGACUCAUUGCCUACGUGGCUUUCAAAUCCUGGAGCACAUGCAAGCAGAAGAAGCAGCUGGCCAAGGCCCGAGCGGGGGAACUGGUGACGUCCCCGGAGGGCGAGAAGCUUCACAGCGACAGCGGGGUCUUCCUCGACACCCACAGCCUGCAAGAUCAGCACCUUCCCAAGAAGGCGCACAGGAUUGAACCCCGCCUUUACGCGAACCUGCCGCCCCACAAGCAGGAAGAGGUGGAGCAGCUGCUGGAAGCCCCCGCCCACGGCAAAGACUGGCGCUGCCUGGCCAACCACCUGGGCUACGAGGAGGAGACCGUCGACGCCUUCGGCCGGGGGGAGGCCCCCGCCCACACUCUGCUCUCCGAUUGGUCGGCCAAGGAAGGGGCCACGCUGGAAUCCCUCUGCACGGCCCUGGCGGCCAUCGAGAGGGCGGACGUGGUGGAGAACUUGAGCGCCCCCGCCGAGGUCAGCUCCGUGGUGUGAUGGGGGGGGGGCCGGACCUGCUGG